GGCUAGUAAAAUACAUCAACAUGCUGUGAUACUUCUAUGAGUCUAGUGUCAUAACAAAGACAGCAACCAUGGUCGCAAAGAUCUUAUGCGUUGCUGAGAAACCAUCAAUUGCUAAGGCUGUGGCCAAUCACUUAGCCGGUAGCACAGUUCCUGCAUCGAAUGUAAGCGGAAUCAGAUGGCUUAAAAACUAUGAAUUCGAUUUCUCCUUUGGACAACCUUGGGGUCACUGCUCGGUGACCAUGACAAGCGUGGCAGGGCACCUUGACAGGUUGGAAUUUGACGAAAGGUAUCGGAAAUGGAACUCCUGUGAUCCUGGGAGCUUGUUUGAUGCCCCUGUAUCGAAUAUUAUAGAUAAGGAUAAACAACCCAUUGCGCGAAAUAUCAAACAACAAGCUCGCUAUGCAAAGGCUCUUUUUAUCUGGACUGACUGUGACCGCGAGGGCGAGCAUAUCGGGUCAGAAAUCAGAAAGCUGGCGCAAGAAGCUAAUCCCAGAAUUGAAGUAAAACGAGCGAGGUUUAGCAACAUUGAAAAAGCCCACGUACUGAAUGCUGCACGGCAACCUAUCGACCUUGAUGAGCUCCAAGCCAAUGCAGUUGCUGCGCGAAUCGAGCUGGAUUUGCGCAUCGGGGCGUCCUUUACCAGAUUACAGACGCUAAGCCUUCAACCCCUAGGCGAAGAACUCCAGGGCCUUACGAUCAGCUAUGGGUCUUGCCAGUUUCCUACUCUUGGCUUUGUCGUCGAUCGAUAUUUCAGAGUCAAAAGUUUUAAACCUGAGAAGCAUUGGCGUAUCGAAAUGAUUCAUCAACGCGAAGGGAAGAAAGUCAAUUUUCGGUGGGAUAGGGUCCAUUUGUUUGAUCGAAUGGCUGCUACCAUUUUAUUCGAGAGGUGUCUCGCUGCAAGGACCGCCAAAGUUGUCAAAGUCCAGACUAAGCCGACGAACAAAUGGAGGCCAUUGCCACUGACCACAGUCGAACUGCAAAAAAUGGGAAGCAGGUUCCUUGGGAUGGAUAGUCAAAGAGUAAUGAAGAUUGCAGAGGACCUUUAUACAAAGGGCUUCAUCAGCUACCCUAGGACCGAGACGGAUCAAUUUGAUAGAGCUAUUGAUCUCAAAAAGCUCUGCGAGAAACAGAAGAAUGACCCCUCUUGGGGUCAAUAUGCAAGUGGACUCUGCGAAGGUGGCUUUAGGACUCCUCGUGCUGGAAAGAACAACGAUCGAGCCCACCCGCCAAUCCAUCCGGUCAUUCACGUCACUCGGGACAAGUUGAGUCCAGAAGAGCGCAAAGUGUACGAAUUCGUUGUACGUCGAUUCCUGGCAUGUUGUUCCGAGGACGCAAAGGGCAACAUAACCACGGUGGAAGUAGAGUACGGCAGUGAAAUAUUUUCUAGCAGCGGAUUGGUAGUUCUCGAACGAAAUUACCUCGACGUGUAUCCUUACGAUAAAUGGGAGAGUAGCAGUCAACUACCGCAAUACUCUGCAGGAGAAAAAUUUGUUCCUAAUGAGGCGAACCUAGUUCAAGGAAAGACGACACCCCCAGGCUAUCUGACCGAACCGGAACUAAUCGCAUUAAUGGAUGCGAAUGGUAUCGGGACUGAUGCAACCAUGGCAGAGCACAUUGCCAAAAUAAAAGAACGGCAAUAUGUCAUGGUUCAAGCAAGGUCUGGCGGCCCCAUUCUACCUGAUGACGACGCAGAAGAGGAUCGUGGCGCCACGCAGCGUCGAUCUCGAGGUGCAAGCAGCAGGAGAGGGCGUGGAGCAUCACAAAAUGGAGGAGGUAGCUCGAGAACGCAACGUUCCGGGUUACAAGAAUUCAUUCCCAGCACACUGGGUGUCGCCCUUAUCCAGGGCUAUGACGAUGUCGGAUUUGAGGUUAGUCUCAGCAAACCAUUUCUUAGAAAGGAGGUAAGUUGGGUCAAAUAAGCCAAAUUGCACAAAUGAUCAUAUCCACUCAAACUUCCGUAGAUGGAGAUGAAGAUGAAAGAAAUAUGCGCCGGGACAAAGAAUAAAGCCGACGUCAUUCACGAAAGUCUUGAACAGUACAGAGAAGUUU